CACUCACCCGCAGCUGCUGCCCGAUUCACAUCAGGAGACGAGCCCUGGGCUCCAGACUCAGUGCUAACCAUGCUGCAGCACUCAGACCCGACCUCCAGCACCUUGCAGCUGGUGGCCAACGACAUGACGGACAUCAUGGAGACGCUGGACACCCGCGAGCUGGACCUGGAGGACGGAGAGUACGACACCACGGACACCCAGGUCCCAGCGGAGCAUCUGCCCUUCAAGGUGAUCUACCACACUGUGGGCUUCAAGGAGUCCGAGGCCAAGGUCUUCCUGUCGUCUCCCAUCACGGCCAAGAUCCUGGAGGUGGAGCGCUUCACGUCGGCUCAGGACCGCUUCAACGUGACGGCGCAGAGGAGCGUCAACAAGUCUCUUCCAGCGGUGUUUAAGAUCGAGCUGAAGCACGGGGAGUUCACGUGGCUGGUGAAGAGGAAGGAGAAACACUUCAUGGAUCUGCACCGGGAGCUCAGGACCUACAAAACCUUCAUGAGGCUGCCGCUGCCCACACGCAGCCACACGAUAAGGCGCCACCCGGGCGAGAGGAGUGAGGUGAGGCAGAUGCCGAACCUUCCCAGAGGAGGCAGAGACGAGCUGGCCAGAGAGGAGCAGGUGUCCAGUCGCAGGAAACAAUUGGAAGAUUACCUGAACAAGCUGCUGAAGAUGUCCAUGUACAGGAACUACCAUGCCACGAUGGAGUUCAUUGAUGUCAGUCAACUGUCCUUCAUCCAUGACCUGGGACCCAAAGGCCUAGAAGGGAUGGUGCAGAAGCGAUCGGGGGGGCAUCGAAUCCCCGGGUUGAACUGCUGUGGGCGCAGCAACAUCUGCUACCGCUGGUCCAAACGCUGGCUGGUGGUGAAGGACUCCUUCCUGGUCUACAUGAAGCCGGACUCAGGGGCCAUCUCCUUCGUGAUGCUGGUGGACAAAGAGUUCGGCAUCAAGAUGGACUCCAAGGACACGGAGACCACACAUGGUGUCCGUGUGGACAGCCUGUCCAGGUCUCUGGUGCUGAAGUGCAGCAGCUACCGACACGCCCGCUGGUGGGGUCAGUCGCUCGAGGGCUUCGUCCAGAAGCACGGCGCCGCCUUCCUCACCGACCACCGCUUCGGAUCCUUCGCCCGGCAGGAGGAGAACGUCCUCGCCAAAUGGUACGUGAAUGGUAAAACGUACAUGGAGGACGUAGCAGAUGCUCUUGAAGAAGCCAAGGAGGAAAUAUUCAUCACAGAUUGGUGGCUGAGUCCAGAGAUCUUCCUGAAGAGACCCGUCGUGGAAGGAAACCGCUGGCGUCUGGACUUCAUCUUGAAACGCAAAGCGCAACAAGGAGUGAAGGUGUUCGUGAUGCUCUACAAGGAGGUGGAGUUGGCUCUGGGCAUCAACUCAGGCUACAGCAAGAGGACGCUGAGGCACCUCCACCCCAACAUCAAGGUGAUGCGUCACCCGGACCACGUCUCCUCCGCCGUCUACCUGUGGGCGCAUCACGAGAAGAUCAUCAUCAUCGACCAAUCAGUGGCCUUCGUGAGCGGGAUCGACCUGGCGUACGGACGGUGGGACGACCGGGAGCACCGUCUGACCGACGUGGGGAGUGUGACGCUCUCUCACCUGGAGCAGGCGAGCUCCGCCCCCUCCACUAACGCUGCCCCCCCCAACGGGGGCGGCUCCGCCUCCCAGAGCAACGGGAAAACCAUCUUCACCGUGACGGACUCUGUGGACCAGCCCAAGCUGAAGAGCCAGGGGAGGAUGAAGAGGACCAAGUUCAGCAUCAGGAGACACCUGCAGAAACAUGGCCUGGCCCAGGCCGACAGCGACAGUGACCUGGAGACUGAAGAGAUGAGCGACUCGGUGCAGCCCGGCGUCGGGGAUCUGUUUGGAAACACACGCUUCUGGCACGGGAAGGAUUACUGCAACUUCGUGUACCGGGACUGGAUCCAGCUGGAGAAGCCCUUCGAUGAUUUCAUCGACAGACACACAACUCCCAGGAUGCCCUGGCACGACAUCGCCUCGGUGGUUCACGGCAGCGCGGCGCGGGACGUGGCCCGACACUUCAUCCAGAGGUGGAACUUCACCAAGCUGGUGAAGCCGAAGUACCGCUCCCUGUCGUUCCCCUACCUUCUGCCCAAGUCUCACACCACAGCCGGAGAGCAGCGCUACCAGGUCCCGGACUGCAUCCCCACCAGAGUCCAGAUCCUUCGCUCGGCCUCGGACUGGUCGGCCGGCAUCAAAUACCACGAGGAGUCGAUCCACAACGCCUACGUGCACGCCAUCAAGAACAGCCAGCACUUCGUCUACAUCGAGAAUCAGUUCUUCAUCAGCUGCGCAGACAACCGGCACGUUUUCAACAAGAUAGGAGACACUAUCGCCGAGAGAAUCAUCAGAGCGUACAGGGAGGGGACAAGAUACCGAGUGUACGUGGUGACGCCUCUGCUGCCCGGCUUCGAAGGAGACAUCAACACAGGGGGGGGCAGCGCCAUCCAGGCUGUCAUGCACUUCAACUACAGGACCAUGAACCGAGGAGAACACUCCAUCAUCUCCCAGCUCCGGAAAGAGAUGGGAGACCAGUGGAUGAACUACAUCUCCAUCGCUGGUCUGAGGACUCACGCCGAGCUGGAGGGGAAACUGGUCACAGAGCUCAUCUACGUCCACAGCAAGAUGCUGAUCGCUGACGACAACACGGUGAUCAUCGGCUCGGCCAACAUCAACGACCGCAGCAUGCUGGGGAAGAGGGACAGCGAGGUGGCUGUGAUCGUGGAGGACUCGGAGACGGUUGACUCUGUGAUGGACGGACAGCCGUACCAGGCUGGACGCUACGGUCUUCAGCUGCGUCUCGAGUGCUUCAGGAUGAUCCUCGGUGCCUUCACAGACGCCUCCAUCGAUGUCUCCGAUCCCGUCAGUGAUCACUUCUAUAAGGAGGUCUGGAUGUCCACCUGCGCUAUUAACGCCACCAUCUACCAGAAGGUGUUCCGCUGCCUGCCGUCCAGUGACGUGCGGAGCAUCCUGGAGCUGGAGGGCUACCUGGCGAAGGAGGGCCUGGAGAAGGAGGACCCGGCCCGGGCCCGCGAGGAGCUGAAGAAGAUCCGCGGCUUCCUGGUCCAGUUCCCUCUUCAGUUCCUGGGUGAGGAAAACCUGCUUCCUCCCAUGGGCUCCAAGGAGGCCAUGGUGCCGAUGGAGGUCUGGACCUGAGACUCCCCUGUGUGUGUUCACGUGGGAGACACACACAGCCUGCCGCCAUUUUGGAGACUCUGGUGGCUGAGAGAAACGUUGAUUUAUAAACGUCCAUCUUGUCCAGUGGCUCGUGGUCAUGUUUUAACCCUGAGUCCAGACUCGCAGGAGCUUGAACCCAAUCCACAUAAAAACUAUUUAUAUGUUCAGUGAACAACUCAGUUUUUCAGUCGGUGACAUGAGAAGUGAGCAGGAAGGAAAGAGGCCUUGUUUUAUGUUAUCAGUUUAUAGAGAUUAUUUUUCACACGGGUUGUUUAGAUUUAGAAAAUGUAUCUUGUCAGGUUUUCUCUCCAGGGCCCAGAAACUGCACUGAGACCAGCCCCAGUGAUUAGGAACAGGUGUCUCAGUCUGGUCUGCAGACAUUUACACUACGACCUCCAAAAUGGCGUCCGCUGUGUUUGCUGCCGAUUUGUGAUGCACACAAAUAACAUCACACUGCAACACACACACUCACACGUGCACACAAGACCCCGUGAGACUGAGAACAGAGUUGAACUCUGCGAUCCCUGAAACCUGAAGUUUACAAGAGAAGAAUGAAGACGAGGAAGUGAAGGACUGAUCCGUCUGGAGCUUCCUCUCAGAUCCCCCCCCCGCCCCCUGCUCUGUGACAACACUAUGCAACGUCCGGGGUUCUGUGAACGCAGCUCGGACUCUUCUGCGUUUGAAGAGACACUAACAGGACUUUGAUGAAGACGGCGGCGCAGAGACGAGGAUGAAGAGCUUUUUAAUAUCCAUGUUCAAACAGAAAAUCACGAGUGCCAAAGAAAACAGACUGUAGCCGGAAGACUUUCACUUUCCUGUUUUUAUACGUCUGCUCUCUUGGUUCCUUCGGUUCCUUUAUUCUAUGGAUCUUUCUGCAAAGAAAGUGAUGAAUUCUAUCAUUCAGUUAAUUUAUUAGGAAUGUUGCUCGUGAAAUGGUUCAAUUGUAUUUGUACCUGUUUCACUGCACGUGCACGUUUGAUUUCACCUUCUGCAUCGAGGUGUUUUAUCAGAUUUGAUCCUUUCGCAGCUGAAGAAACUGAAUCCAGGGAACAGGUCAAAGGUGAAUAAUAUAAACUCAAGUUAUGAAUUUUAAACCGUCGUCUCUGGAUUUCAGAUUUUCUUGAAUUCCUCUGUGUCUUCCUGUUGGUCUGUGAAUCACCUGCAUGAAGCUGUUCAGUGCUUUGAAUCUGAAGAGACCUCGAGCUGAGAGCAUGAGAGCAGCUCGGUGCCAUUAAAGCAUGAAGCCCUGCAAACUGAACGCCCUGUUCAGAGCCAUGGACUGUGAUGUUGCUAAAAGACGUGCCUGUCUCCAAACGGACGCUUGUCCUCUGUCCAUACUGCUGGACGGCGUGCUCCUCUUCCUCUUCCUCUUCCUCCUUGUGUUUCUACCUCCAGAGCGCAAAGAGAAACAAUCGUGAAUAUUCACAGCUGCACCUUAAGAGAACCGAGUGAAGUCGCCCGAACAGAGAAGGAAAAGUUUACUGUCGUGUGCAAUAACCAGCCUGUUUCCACCCGGACCAGAAUCUGUAGGACAAACUGAAAGAUGACUUUAAAGUUGAUUUGUACUUGGAUCCAUAAGAAGCUUAAAAGAGCCCCCCCCCCCGCUUAUCACUGUGUCUCUAUGGAAACUGCACUAUUUGCACAGACUGUUGUUGUCCCCGGCGACUCCUUAAUGAUGAUAUGCAGCACGCCUCCUGUGUUCUUUGUUUUCUUGUGAAAUGAUGGAAUAAAUAAAUGAGUCAUUAAAA